AUUAGCCAUAAACUAUGCUAGACUAUCGUUGUACACUAUCCCAGCCGUGGAUAGGUAACGAUUUUUCUCCUUGCUUUAGGGAUAUUAUUAUCAAUGGAGCACUUCCUAUAGUUUUGCUUACAGGAUCAAUCAUAUACUUGACGAUUGGUUCAAUAAAGCACUAUAGGUCUCGAAAACAUGGCUACGAGCCGCUUUUGAAACAUUCUCAAUUACCUACUGUACAUCACUACGGUUCAGCCGCCAUAUCAGAUAGCGCAUCUGAUGAUACCAUAACACACGAUAUAACCAUUGAAACAUCUCGUUGGACAUUGUUCAAUCUAUCGAGAUUUUUGCUCUCACUUGCUCAGUUGGCUUUGUGCGUUAUUGCUAUUCAAAAGAUUUAUCAUAAGACAUACGAAUUUACAGAAAAUGAAGGUUCAGAACAUGAGAUCUUGGGAGCCUAUAUGACACAGGCCGCUUUUUGGGUAUACUGUUUCGCUCUUUCAAUCGUGAAUAUCUAUCUCUCUAGAAGUUACACUGCUUUGGCGAAUACUAUCUGUAAUCAUCUAAACCUGGCUUAUGUUAUCAAUUUCUUGAUUGGCAUUGUCAACGUACGAUCUUAUUAUAUUCUAAAACUGAAUACAGAGGUAGCCUUUGGAUACAAGGCCUCUAUUUGCUCUACAAUCAUAAGCUUUGUCUUGAUCGUCUUGGUUAUUAACGAAACUAGAAAUGCUCCUACAAAGGCUGUUGUUACGGAAUCGGGACGUACGUUAUCUCCCGAAAACUGGGCUUCCCUUUACUCUCAGUUUAUGUUUAGUUGGGUAAAUGUGAUGAUGAAGGAAGGAUAUCGCCGUACAUUAAACGAUAAUGAUUUACUGGAAUUGCCGGCUGAAAACCGUGCCAAGAAUGCAUUAUCUGAAUAUCAGCGACACAAGCAAUCAAAGAGCUUGGUAGCCACGUUAAUGCGUACUUUCCAUGUACCUCUUUUAAUUCAAUUGUCCUAUUGCUUGACUUGGAGUAUUCUAUUAUUUGGUCCACCUCUCUUUUUAAAUCUGAUUAUCAAGUAUAUCGAAAACCCAAGAGGAGAACCUGUGACGACCGCAUUCUUUUACGUCCUCGGCUUAUUUGUCACCAACUCUGCUCAGUCAUUAUGUCUUCAACAAGCUCUCUACAUUGGCCGUAUAUUCAGUAUCCGUAUCCAGUCCAUUGUAAUUGGCGAAGUAUUUUCAAAAUCCUUACGCCGUCGCGACCAAAGUGGAUCUUCAUCUGAGAAUGAUAAAGAGGUUGUUGACAAAAAGGAGAAAAGCAACGUGAACAAUUUGUUAUCAGUAGACGCACAAAAGGUGGCAGAAAUCGCUGCUUAUAUCUUUUAUAUUUACUCUUAUCCCAUUCAAAUUGUGAUCAGUAUCUGGAGUUUAUACAAGCUUUUGGGUGUUGCUGCUCUCUGGGGUGUCCUAGUCAUGGUCGCAUGUCAACCCAUUACCUACUAUAUUAGUCGUCGCUUUGAAAAGCUUCAUGAAGCUGUCAUGUCAGCAACAGAUAAACGACUCAAAUUGGUCAAUGAACUCUUGUCUGCAAUCCGUAUUGUCAAGUUUUUUGCCUGGGAAAGCGAAUUCAAGAAGCGUAUCCUUAACGCUAGAGAAAAUGAAUUGGGCGCUAUUCGUUCUCGUCUGAUGAUGUUUAUGUGGAUCCUGAACGCAUGGUUCCUUAUUCCGGUUUUAAUCAUGGUUACUGUAUUUUAUGUAUACACAGAAACAAACACGCUCACUGCCUCUGUCGCCUUCACCGCAUUGGCUCUGUUCAACACGUUCCGUGGCGCUCUUGAUGAGUUCCCAUUGAUGAUCUCUCUGGUCCUUCAAGGUAAUGUUUCUGUGAAGCGUGUAGAAAAGUUUUUGGAUGAAGAUGAGGUUGAUCCCAUAAAGGAAGAAGAUGCAAAUGGUACCAUGAUUGGUUUUGUUGAUGAUGCUACCUUCAGCUGGGACAAUAAGCCUACGAAUCCCGAUGGUACAUUUAAGGCUGCCAUCAAGAAUCUCAAUCUCUCUUUCCCUGUUGGUAAACUUUCUAUUGUCUGUGGUCCUACUGGAUCCGGCAAGACUACCCUGUUGGCUAGUUUAUUAGGAGAAACGCAUCGCAUGGCUGGUCGCGCAGUACUGCCUCGUAUUAUUCCAAACAAGACAAGUCCUUUGGGAGGAGCCGUCUCAGGUAUUGCAUAUGUUGCUCAAACAGCUUGGUUACAGAAUUGCAGCAUUCGUGACAACAUUCUUUUUGGAUUACCCUAUGACGAACAACGCUACCAGGACGUUUUAUACAUGACUGCACUCACACGCGAUUUGGAUAUUCUCGAAUUUGGAGAUGCGACAGAGGUGGGCGAGAAGGGUAUCACCUUGAGUGGUGGACAAAAACAACGUGUAGCCAUUGCCCGUGCAGUUUACUCUCAAGCUAAUACUGUCAUUUUGGACGAUUGUCUCAGUGCAGUGGACGCUCAUACGGCUAAGCAUUUAUAUGAACACUGUUUGACGGGACACUUGAUGAAGGGACGUACGGUGAUUUUAGUAACCCAUCAUGUUGGCCUAUGUUUAAACGGAGCUGAUUAUGUCGUUGCUCUUAAAGAUGGUGAAGUUGCUGCUGCUGGUGUUCCUAAGGACAUGCUCAAGUCUGGAGCUCUCGGUGAAGAACUUGCAAAUGCUGAAAAAGAAAAGGCUGAUGUAUCUGAAGAACGUGCUGUUGAUGGCCCUAUUCCUACUGUUCCCAAGACAGCUGUAAAGAAAACAACUGCUGAAGGUGACGGUAAGCUUGUCAAGGAAGAAGAGCGUGCUGAAGGUGGUGUUUCAUGGAGCGUCUACAAGACAUAUAUCGACGCCUCUGGUGGUUUUAUGUUUUGGAUUACAGUCCUUGUCUUGUUUUGUGCUGCACAAGGUACUACUCUCGCUCAAGACUAUUGGAUCAGAGUAUGGUCUGCUGCGUAUGGAAGGCAGGAAAGCGAGCCUAUGACUAAUGUAACAGCUGUUGGUACAGUUUCUAUUGCCGGUCAUUCUGUUUCUGCAAUCGGACAAGGUGCAAGUUUUAUAAACUUUUACAUGUACCCUACUGAUGAACAACAAGCAUUGGAGGCUCCAGCCAAUGAACCAAUAGAUGCUGUAUACUACUUGGGUAUUUACUUCCUUAUCGGUAUGGGCGCCAUGCUUUUGACUUCAUUACGUACCUUUAUCCUUUUCACUGGCGCCAUAAACGCUUCCCGUCGUAUCCACAAGCAGCUGCUUGAUCGUAUCUUGCGCGCAAAGGUUCGUUUUUACGAUACAACGCCUUUAGGUCGUAUUGUGAAUCGAUUCUCUUCUGAUUUGGCCACUAUUGAUCAAGAAGUAGGUCCUCAGUUAUCUUUCUUCAUCUACUCUAUUGUUGCCACUCUAUGUGUUAUCAUGCUGGUAUCUUAUGUAACACCUACAUUCCUUGUUCCUGGUGCUUUCAUUGCUGGAUUGUUUUGGAUGAUUGGCACAUAUUAUCUUGAAACAUCUAGAGAUUUGAAGCGUCUCAACUCAGUCUCUCGCAGUCCUAUCUAUGUUCAAUUCAACGAAAGCGUCAACGGUGUUGCCACCAUUCGUGCCUUUGGUAGUCAACAUAGAUUCAUUAACGAAAACUAUGCAAAGGUAGAUAGCAACAAUCGGCCGUUUAUUUGGAUGUGGGCCACUAACCGAUGGCUUCACUGCCGUGUGGAUAUCCUUGGCGCCUUUGUUGGUUUCUGUACCGGUUUUGUACUUAUUCUUGCUCGUGACUGGAUUGACCCUGGAUUAGCUGGUCUUUCGCUCAGUUACUCGCUUACGUUCACUCACCAUGUCUUAUGGGUCGUCCGUAAUUACGCCAUGAAUGAAAUGAACAUGAAUGCUGUCGAACGUGUCCACGAGUACCUUGAUAUCGAAGAAGAACCACCUACAGAGAUACCUGAGACUGAACCUCGUCCUUCAUGGCCUGAACAUGGUAGCGUCGAAGUCAAAGAUUUGGUUAUGCAGUAUGCACCCGAAAACCCACCUGUGCUUCGUAAUGUCUCUUUCAAGGUAAAUCCUCGAGAAAAGAUUGGCAUUGUCGGUCGUACUGGUUCUGGCAAGUCUACUUUGGCCCUGUCUUUAUUCCGGUUCAUGGAGCCUACGAGUGGACAUGUUUAUAUUGAUGGCGUUGACAUUCACACUAUUGGCUUGAACACACUUCGAUCUCGUCUUACCAUCAUUCCUCAAGACCCUGUUCUGUUCUCUGGCACACUUCGCAGCAACUUGGAUCCUUUUGAUCAACAUGACGAUGCUGAGCUCUGGGCUUCAUUGAAGCGUGCUCAUUUGAUUGAUGAUGAGAACCAACAAGGAGAAAAUGCCAUUAGUCUUGAUUCACCUGUUACAGAGAACGGAUCCAACUGGUCACAAGGACAAAGACAGUUGAUUGCUUUGGCUCGUGCGCUUGUCAAGAAAUCCUCAUUGAUUAUUUUGGAUGAAGCUACAUCUUCUGUUGAUUUUGAUACAGAUCACAAGAUUCAAGAAACCAUAAGAACCGAGUUUAAGAACUCUGCAUUGCUUUGUAUUGCUCAUCGUAUUCGUACUGUAGCAGAUUAUGAUCGUAUCUUAGUCUUGGAUCACGGACAAGUCAAGGAAUUUGAUACACCUUAUCAUUUGAUGAAGAAAGAAGGAGGUAUCUUCCAGCAAAUGUGCGUUCGCUCUGGUGAAUACAACGAAUUGUUGUCUAUUGCAAAGAAAAAGCAUGAAAGUCAUUAAAUAAUUUAUAGAACAUUUUAUUAUUAUUAUUAUUAUUA